AUGAGCUCUAAUCUUGAGCGAGUACAGUCUGCUACAAAAAUCGAUAGAUCUUCAGAAGGUUCGCAAUUAAGCCGAACCCUAGCCACAUCAGUUACCGAAGACAGUAUUAUUUAUUCCAGCGAAAUAACGCUUACUGAUGAUGAUGACACAUUGGGAAUGAUCAGCACGCCUUGGAGUACAGAGUCUUGGAGCGAAAAGUUCGAUAUUAACUUCAUGAUCAGGGAUAAUACAUUAUCUUCGUCAUUUUCCACAUGGACAGGUAGCAGCUUAGACUCUCUAUCGACCGAAAGCAUUUUGCCGAAUUCUUCAACCACCUAUGGAAUGACCAGCCCAGAAAUAAAGACUGAAAGUAAUACCACUCUCAUGCUACUAAAAAGAGACUCUUCAAGAUCCAGUAACGAUUUCAAGCUUCUGCCUAAAGGGAAGUUUAGUGCGGAGACGUACAGUUCCUGGACGAUAGGAUCGUUUUAUUAUAGCCCUUGUUUACAGAACUUGGAGUCUCACACUGUCAAAGUGAAUUAUCCGUGGAGUCCUAAUACGAUCACCUCGACGACAGACAUGUGUACGACAAGCGUCUAUCCCAGCAGUAUAGCAUCGCCCACCGUACAUAAAAUAAGCAAGGAAUCGUUCACCACCUCGCCAACCUUUCAAAGCACAGGAGAAAAUGGACACAUUACACCCCUAAACUACAUCGGUUUCACUAGUCGACAUGAGGACUGUAUACUGGACCAGAGCUUAUUGAACGAAACAGCAGUCAAGGGAUGUUGA